AUUUUAGGAUUGAAUGGAUUUCGCAUUUAUUAUUCAUUAUUUUCAUAGACAUGGAUGAGAGUGGUAGCCUCAUCGUUUCAAUUCCUUCUUCCUGUACCGCACAAAUAAUGGAAGAAUACAAAUCACUGAAAAUCAUUCAAAAAUCCCCAAAUUCUCUGGUCUAUUACUUGUAUCUCAACCGACCCAGACACCUCAACGCUCUAUCACGUGGCUUCUUCACUGAAUUCCCCAAAGCCAUCUCCUUACUCGAUCAAAACCCUGAUGUCGCUGUCAUCGUCCUCACAGGCUCUGGCCAGCACUUCUGUUCCGGCAUCGACCUCCAAACCCUAGGCGAUGUCUUCAAAGAAACCGACGGGGCCGAUUGCGGCCGUAAAGUCGAGAGGCUCCGGCGACAUAUCAAGUUCCUGCAGGAAGCUAUUACUGCCUUAGAGUGUUGCCGUAAACCGGUGAUUGCCGCUGUCCAUGGUGCAUGUAUUGGUGGUGCGAUUGAUAUAAUUACUGCCUGUGAUGUUAGGUAUUGUUGUUCUGACGCUUUUUUCUCCGUGAAAGAGGUGGAUUUAGCUAUUACGGCUGAUCUCGGAACACUUCAGAGGCUUCCCAGUAUUGUUGGGUUUGGUAAUGCUAUGGAGUUGGCUUUAACUGGUCGGAGGUUUACAGGUUCCGAAGCUAAAGAUUUGGGUUUGGUGUCUAAGCUUUUUACUUCUAAAGAAGCUUUGGAGGAAGGUGUCAAAGUUGUUGCUGAGGAAAUAGCUAAAAAGUCUCCACUCGCUGUUGUUGGAACAAAAGCUGUGUUGCUGAAAAGUAGGGAUUUGACAGUGGAACAAGGCCUGGAUUAUGUUGCCACAUGGAAUUCUGGUGCCCUGUUAUCAGAUGACUUGAAAGAAGCAAUUUCAGCACGUAGUCAGAAGAGAAAGCCUAGAUUUGCCAAACUCUAGUUUGGUAAAUGAUGGAAUUUGGAAGGGUUAAUAGAUCUGUAUGUGCGCGAAUAAGACUGUUGGUCGAGUGAUGAGAUUGAGUAGACACGGAAUUGCAUAAGUGCUCGUCUGAAUUUAUGAAGAGAUUUUCGUUGAACCUCUAGUAUGCUCAAGGUCGACUUGGAUAUUUGUCUUGUGAAAUUGUACUAGUUGAUAGCCUGACAAAUGAUGUCAUAUGGAAAAAUCACCCACUUUUUUGUACGUGCUGCUACAUCAUACUAACGUUGCAGCAUAUGUAUUGUCAUUAUAUUAAGCCAAAGUAUGCCCGUU